AUGCAGUUUCUUACUGCAGUAAGUCCACAGUCAUUCUCCACUCCGAGCUGGAAGAUUGAGGCCAAGUAUUCAACCAGAGUGCUCACUGGAAACUGGUUGGAGGAGAGGAAGAUGUUCACCAAAGCCACUGAGAAAACACCCCAGACCAUUUAUAGAAAAGAGUAUAUCCCCUUCCCAGGCCACAAACCGGACCAGACCUCCAGGUGGUACAGCAAGAGGAGAGUUGAGGGGCUCCCGUACAAACACCUGAUCACCCACCACCAGGAGCCCUCGCGCCACCAUCUGAUCAGCACGUACGACGACCAUUACAACCGGCAUAACUAUAACCCAAGCUUGCCCCAGCUCCGCACGUGGGAUAGACAUAGGUUGCUGUGGCUCCCAGAGAAAGCUGACUUCCCCCUUCCCGCUCCCCCUACAAACUACGGACUCUACGAGCAGUUGAAGCAGAGAUGGCUCCCAUCACCCGAGGCCACCCGGAGGGAGAGCAUUUACACUUCUUCCUACCCCAGACCACCUUCUGGUGCUACGUCUCAGCGGGAGCAUGCGAUUCCGGGGCCUCCCCAUCGCCUGCAGCCUGUCCCACACUCCUGA